AUGUUUUCGUACCCGAUUUUAAUUUCAGCUUUAACUCAAAUCGUUUUUGGUGUAACUUUAUUGGAUUGUAAAUGCGGCGUGGAAGAAUUUUCCCAAAGAAUAUUCGGCGGAAUUGAAACGAAAGAAAAUCAAUACCCAUGGAUAAUUUAUAUGGAAUUUGAUAAAGAAAAAUAUUGCGGUGGGGUCUUGAUAAAUAAUUUAUAUGUUUUGACGUCGGGGCAUUGCGUGGAUGAGUUAAAAUUAAAUUUUAAACUUAAAUUAAACACCCACAACCGAUUCUCAUCGAACCAAAUUAUUCUAAACCAAAAAAAUAUAAUAAGACAUCCUAAUUACGCAAAGGAAUCAACGAAUAACAUCAUUAACGACUUGGCUUUGAUCAAAUUGGAGACUCCGAUUAAUUUCGAAGAUAAAAUAUACCCAAUUUGUUUACCACAUCCGUCUUCUGAUUACACGAGAAAAAUCGGUUCGAUUUUGGGAUGGGGGUUAAACGAAAAUGCAACGACUUCCAACGUAUUAAAACGAGGAGAGGUUCAAAUCAUGUCUGAAGAUUACUGUUUAAAAUCGAUGGUGGGAAAGUUUUAUCACGAAUCGAUGUUGUGUGGAUUUAGCAAUUCAAGUGAUGCGUGUCAAGGUGAUAGCGGAGGUCCUCUUUUCUAUCAAAAUUCCGAUGGUCAACACGAACUUAUUGGUUUGAUUUCUUGGGGAUUUCUUUGCGGAACUGAAAUGCCGGGAAUUUACACAAAAAUUGCUCAUUUCAUGGAUUGGAUCGAAAAGAAUACGGAAGAUGCUGGAUAUUGUAAUGUUUGA